CUAAUAGUGUGGAAGAGCAGCAAGGGAAAUGGUGCUUUUGGUUACCUGACACGAUGUCCCAUUGGCAUCCUCCUGUUCUGCAGGAACAACGACACGCUGGCUUCCAUGACUACACCCAAAGAGAUGCUCUCCAACAUGAUGCAGGUGCUGCGAUACCUGGACACCCGUCUUCCAAACGGCAGCCACGUGAUUUUAACAGGCUUGGUGGAUGGGCGCUUCCUGUGGGAUAACCUGCACAACAGAUACCAUCCCCUAGGGCAGCUGAACAGGGAUAUCACAUACAGCCAACUGUAUUCUUUCCUCGACUGCCUCCAGGUGAGCCCGUGCAGGGGCUGGAUGACUCCCAAUGAGACCCUCAGGAACUUGACCUCAGAGAGAGCUUUACAGCUUUCCAAUGUCCUGAAAGAAAUAGCGAGAUCUGAGAAAUUCGCCAACUUUGAUAUUUUCUACAUGGAUUUCCCACUGAGACAAACGGCCGAGAAGUGGCACAGGAUGGGAGGUGAGCCCUGGCAGCUGAUCGAACCAGUUGAUGGCUUCCACCCCAGCCAGAUUGCUGCAGCCCUCGGCACAAGCAUCACCUGGCAGAAGGCACUGCAGGAAUGGCCUCAGGUGCUUGGAAAGGAGAAUCCAUUCAAUGACCAGAUAGAAGCUAUAUUCAAAGAUCAAGGUGGACACUGACUUCAAACGGCCGGAGCUCUGACGUGGUUUAUGGUGAUGCUUCCCAGUGCAUGCCACGGAACCAGAUGAUUAAAGACACACACACUCAAAAAGGGAGAGGGCAAGUUGUCAGAGCCAGUAGCAGUGGACAUAACACAGCAGCGCUCUUUUCAGUCUGUAUCUCACACCUGCACAAGUAGGCUAUGCUAUGCAAAAAUAAAAGUCAAAGGAUACCUGCCAGCUA